GAUCUCAUUGCUUGCUUGCUCUCGUUUUCUCCACAUAAGCAGAAGCAAACAAAUACAAGAAACGGAGAAAGAAUUUGCAUAGAUAUUUCAGAGAGGGAGAUAGAUCAAGGGUUUGAAGAAAGAGAAGGGUGGCGACCGAUAACACAGAAGAAGGAGAGACACGAAGUAGUCUUCUCCAAGAGUUUUUAUCAUCAAUAUUUGCAAGAGUCUUUGGGCAGAAUCAAGAGGAAAAUACAAUGGGUUCAAGAAAUCUUGUUGCAUCUUAUCAACAACAGCAGAGAGAAGAAGCGAAGCAGAAGACUUUUGUACCUGCAGAGGGAAGGAAUAGGAGAGUGCUUCAAGACAUUGGCAACUUAGUGAAUGAUCGCGUCUCUUUGCAAGGGAAGAAACCAGUUACAGAAGUUGUAGAUACUGCAGUUGCUCGCGAUGUGAGGGCUCCUGCAGCUACAAAGGCACCAGCAGCAGAAAUAAAGAAAGUGAAUGAGAAAUACAGACCUGAGGAUGUGAUUAGCUCUGAUGAAACUGAAAAGAGUAAACCUGUUAGUAGAAGAGUAUCAAGGAAAGGAGUCAAGACGCUCACUUCAAUCCUCUCUGCUCGAAGCAAGGCCGCUUGUGGUAAGCUCGAGGGUACACUGGUGGACAUUGAUGCUGCUGAUGUUACUAAUGAGCUGGCCGUAGUUGAAUACGUUGAUGAUAUGUACGAGUUUUACAAACUUACAGAGGUUGACAGCAGGGUACAUGACUACCUGCAAUCCCAACCAGACAUCAACGGAAAAAUGAGAUCGAUCCUCGUAGAUUGGUUGAUUGAAGUUCAUCGAAAGUUUGAGCUGAUGCUGGAAACUCUCUAUCUUACCAUAAAUAUUGUUGAUAGGUUCCUAGCGGUGAAAAUGGUAACAAGGAGGGAACUUCAGUUGGUUGGCAUCAGCUCAAUGCUUUUAGCCUGCAAGUACGAAGAAAUAUGGGCGCCAGAGGUUAAUGACUUCGUUUGCAUAUCUGACAAUGCCUAUACAAGAGAGCAAGUUCUGGCAAUGGAGAAAGCAAUCUUGGGAAAGCUAGAGUGGUAUCUUACAGUUCCAACACCGUAUGUUUUCCUUGUUAGAUAUAUCAAGGCCUCCAUUCCAUCUGAUAAAGAGACAGAGAGCCUGGUGUUCUUCCUGUCCGAACUUGGUCUGAUGCAAUAUCAUGUUGUUUUCAAGUAUGGUCCCUCGAAAAUUGCUGCUUCAGCUGUGUAUGCUGCUCGAUGUACAAUGGAUAAGAGCCCUUUAUGGACUGAAACUCUGAAGCACCACACUGGCUACACUGAAGAUAUGUUAAGGGAUUGUGCAAAGCUCCUGGUUCAAUGUCACUCUGCAGCUGCCGAAAGUAAGCUCAAGGCUGUCUACAAGAAAUUUUCAAGCGAAGAUUAUGGGGCUGUGGCUCUUCUUACCCCAGCCAGAAGCCUCAUCUGAAUCACCAUGAAGUUCUUAAGUGACUUUCUUACCCCAGCCAGAAGCCUUUCAUCUGAAUUACCAUGAAGAAGUUGCGCAAUAUUUGUGUAAACAAGUCUCUUAUUUUUGAAGGUCUAGAUGAAUGCCAGCUUCCACAUAUCAGUAGUGUUUGGUUAAUAGGAAGAUCAUGCUGCUAUUAUGAUCUGUGUCGGGUUGAUUUUAUUCUUGUUGUAUCCUUCUCCUUUUGGUGAAGCAGCUGCCAAAAUGCUUGAUUUGAUUCUUGUUCAAAGAUGUUUUACACUGUUCA